CAGAGGCAAGCAAACAAUAUUUUUUAUGGGUAAGUGUGGGCCUGGAUUCCUGCAUGACCCAGCAUUUCAGGAUCAUAAACCACUUUAAGCAUGCAUCGUACAGACUGGUUUGUGUGGCCAAGCGAGGCCCAGAAAAAAGAGGAGAGGAGGGCUGAAGCCAGGCUGGCUCAUGGGAUACAACGGCUCGAUGAAGCCAAACGUUACCAUCUGAACACACUGACCCGAGAGCAACAUGCACUCCACCGCCAUCUCAUCGCCCUUAAGACAGGUAACCGACGGAGAGGUUUAAACGCUGUCCCAUCACGACUCCCCAAUCAUGAUCUCAGCCGCCCUGCUGUGUCCUAUAACAAGACCCGAUUUCCCAUAAUUCCACCUCCAGACAGAGAGACAAACAAGCAUAGGUCUGAGAAACUGCGGUCCAUCUGCUCCCUGCAGGCUCGUGUUCAGGACUUUCUCAGCAGUGUUGAAAACAGGACUGAUAUCGCUACAGUGCCUGUAUCUCUGCCAGACCUUAAACCACAGCCUCCAAAAAUGCUUCCUUCUGCCCCUCUAAACCGAGAGAACAAGGAAGGAGAUGGGGAUGUACAGAAUAAGAAACACAGAGCUAGAGGGAGGGAUGGACGGAGGUCAGCACUGGAAACACACAGAUUUUUUCAGACAGAAAAUGAUCUGGUAGUAGCAAGAGAUACAGAAAAAGAAGAAGAGAUGAAUGUACCAGUACCCUGCUCUACUUGUCUUUCUCCCCUCUCUGACACCCACGCACCUGACGGCCAGUUGAGGAUGGUUCACACACUGCCUAAUUUUGUGCAGGCGCUGACAGAGGCACGCAAAGCCCGAUACAUUCGUCAUAGGGGACAGCCUUUGUGUGAGAGAGAGCUGAGUAUUAGAGAGAUAUUCGCGAACAACUCGAGAGACACACCUACCACUCACUGA